AUGGCUACCCAUGAGGAUCAUUAUUCAUAUCAAAGUUUUGAUAUUUUGACUAUGACUGAAAGUAAUACUGUGGAUAAUGGAUUGGUUGAUUGUAAUGGACCAAUCUUUCUGUGUACUUCUCCUCAAUCCAUUGCUUAUUUUUCAUCUGAUUUGGUGUCAGUUUGGUCUAAUAAUAAUUUUGAUAUUUCACAAAACAAAGAAAUAGAAUUAAAUGUCACCUUGCCAUCAAAAACAUUGAAUAAUGGCAGUUUAUAUCUGCACGUGUACAUGAUUCCUCUUCAGACCACUAGGAAACUACUGGAUCUGAAUUCCAUAAUGAAUCAUGCCAAAAGCAUUCAUGGAACAGGAUCUCUGACAGAAUUUCAAAUUCAACAAGCAGAAGUGUUUAGUUUGUUGAAGAAGUCUGAAGAUGAGAAAAAAAAAUCGAAGAAGAAGAAGUCUCGAGUAAAGCCAAUUUCUCAUUGGAAAUCGCAUCUAACUCUUCACAUGAUGUCGGAACCCAUACCGCUUUUUUUGCGCUCGAUUCCAGGGGAGAUUGCUAAUUAUUUAAAAAUUACUGGAAAUAAGCAAUAUUGUCCAAUCAUUCACAUCAGCAAAUUGAGUUACAAAUUAAAGGAUCUAGUGCCUAUUAACAGUAGCCAAUCUGUGAUGCCUCUCACUAUUGCCUUCACUCCAAUUACUAUUGGGAGAUUGCGACUAAUGGUUAUUGUUGAACAUGCAAUGGAUUCAUUACUAAAAAUGGGUUUCACUGAUAAGGAUACCGACGAGAUUAAAGGAAUAUUUUUUGAUACUAGUAUCUACCUAUUACUUUUAACCAUAUUUGUUUCUGCUUUUCAUUUGCUUUUUGACUUCUUGGCAUUUAAAAACGACAUCAGUUUCUGGAGGAAGCGGACCAACAUGGUCGGUUUAUCUUACCGAACUCUCAUUUGGAGAUGCGUCAGUCAAGCUAUAGUGUUUUUAUAUCUUUUAGAUGAAGAAACUAGUUUGCUGGUUUUAAUUCCUAUGGGAAUUGCAGCUGUCAUUGAGUUAUGGAAAGUUACUAAAGCAUCAAAAAUGAAUAUUUCUUGGAUUGGAUGGAAACCAAAAAUAAGCUUUGGAAGUACGAGCAAUGAUGAAAAAGAAACUGCAAUGUAUGAUUCUCAAAGCAUGAAAUAUUUAUCAUAUCUUCUAUAUCCUCUCUGCCUUGGAGGUGCUGUAUAUUCCCUGUUUUAUGUUCCACAAAAAAGCUGGUACUCAUGGUGCAUACAUAGCUUAGUAAAUGGUGUUUAUGCAUUUGGUUUCUUGUUCAUGCUUCCCCAACUCUUUGUUAAUUAUAAGUUAAAAUCUGUUGCCCAUCUCCCUUGGAGAUCCUUUAUGUAUAAGGCAUUUAACACAUUUAUCGACGACCUGUUUGCAUUCAUCAUCACCAUGCCAAUAGCUCACAGGGUGGCAUGUUUCAGAGACGACAUCGUCUUUCUCGUUUAUUUAUAUCAACGUUGGCUGUAUCCUGUCGACACGAAGAGGGUUGAGUUUGGCGAAUCCAUGGUCGAGGGAAAGUCGGACAAACAAGACUGAAGCCCAUUCGAGGUGCCAUUUUUUUUUAUCACUAAGGNUUUAAUAAAAAAUC